AUGGCGGCCGUUCAAGGAUUUGAGCAUCGCAAGCGCACGUUUUUGGCUAAAUGUGACAAGUCCAGUGCCGGCGAGAUCGACGCAAAGGCGCGAGAGGUGUGUGCGGAGUUGAACCUCCGGCCGGCCUUUUUCACGACUUCGAGUUGUGCUGGCCGUGCCUUCAUUUGGCGAGGAGAUGGUGUAAAGAGCACUGAGUGCUUCAGUCGAUGGAGGGUUACACAUGACCUCGUGGAGGAUGCGAACGCAUAUUUCGACUUGAGCACACUGGAGGAGCUCGGAAGCUCGUUGCCUGGCACCUCCGACGUGAGUGCGUGUGGCUGCUUUGCUGCUUUGUCCAAACUCUGGCGCACAGAGCCUCUUGGGCAAGGUCGCAGGCAUCAGCAACCACAGCGAGCAGAGCUGGCAGAAGCGAAGCUGACUGAGGCUGAGGCCUGCUACUGGCUCCGUUUCGAACCCUUCAUCCUCCAUGUGUGCUGUCGUGAUCUCGUAGCGGCCGCUGCUCUCAUGGCUGCUGCCCGGACUGUCUUCAAGAAUGUGGGAUUACAGGGCUGGGGCGAUUCCAAGGAGGCCAAGCUGAUUGUCGCCAUUUGGGGAGAUGAGGGCCUAGACAUGCCCCUCACAGGACCUACCGGUCUUCCCUUGUUCCGGGGGCAGCACGCAUGGCUCCAAAGCUUGGUUAACAGCCGGCACCUGCGCAACUGGCAGAAAAUUGAUCGCUUCACGGAAGCACUUCGACAGAUGCAGGAUCCCCCGCCAUCCGCAGAGCUUUGUAUCCCCGAAACCUCCGAGGAAAAGGAGACCAAGCAUUUCGACGUGGUGGGUGAUAUUGCCGUGGUGAAUGUGAAGCCGAAAGAUGAGGAUGUCGCGACGAUGGGUGCAGCUAUUCUAAAGCAGGACCGUCGGGUAAAGGUUGUGGCGCUCAAGCGGAGCUACGCCACGGAGCUGCGAGCCCCGUCUCAGGCCAUGGAUGUCAUUGCCGGGCGGUCAAGAUCUCCUCUGAUGACGACUCAUAUGGAGUUUGGUGUUCGGAUGGUCAUUGACUUGGACGCCUGCUUUUUCUCUCCCCGGCUGGCCGGCGAGCGACAACGACUCUGCCAAGCAGUGCAACCAGACGAACGAGUUCUGGUGGCUUUUGCCGGCUGCGGCCCCGAGGUUCUCCAGCUUCUUUCGCACACAGAAGCCAAAGAAGUUGUGGCUGUGGAGCUGAAUGCAGCCGCUGUGCGAUGCCUCCGGCGUAGCCUGGAGAUGAUGCAGUUUUCCAGCUCAGAUGGCACAGACUACGGCCGUGUGUCUGUCUUCGAAGGUGACUUGCGAGAUCUCGCACGUACACUGCCGCAGCAGCACUAUCACAGAAUCUUGGCGCCCAGGCCCAAGAAUCCUGGAGAUGGUGAUGUUGAUUUGGGAGACGGAGGAGCAGGAUUCCUCGAUGUUCUCCUGCCUUUGCUGCAAGACAAGGGUGUAUGCCACUGGUACGAUUUUGCAGCGGACUGGGAGCUGCCAAAUUGCGAUCGCACCACGAAAACGCUUCAGGAUGCUUGUCAUCGCCACCAUCGGACCUGUCAAGUUGAACGUGUGGCUGCCGCAAACCGCCGGACCAUCGCUGAGCGGCAAUAUCGGGUUGUGGCAGACUUCCGGGUGACCGGAUGCCUCUCGAACGGACGCUGA